CCGGACGCGGUCGUGCUCUCGUCUGCCUUCUGCCGUGUGCCUUUUUUCCGCCCCCGCAACUGCGCGCGCGUGCGUGUGCACACUGGGACCCGCUGCCGGUGGUAUCCGCGGCCGCGACACGCGUCGCGUACGAUGCGCCCGGCCGAGUGACGGCGCGCGAUUACACAGUAUACGUACCCGGACGAUACCGGACGAGUGUGCGCGCCGGUCAGUGUCCGUCCGUCCGAUCGUUCGAUCGUUCGUUCGUUCGUUCGUUCGUUCGCGCGCGCGCGUCCGGUUUUAUCACGCCCCGUCUCUCCGUUUCCCCGAAGUGUGUGCGUCCGUGCCCGUCGCCCCCGAUGAGUGUGUGUCUCCCUGACGAGUGUGGAUAAAGAAGGAUAUUUUCUACGACGCCAUGUUGCUGCCAAGGCGAAGAUUGGAUUACGCGGUCGGGCCGCUGGUGCUCGCGCUCCUGGCGUCGAUCUGCCUUCCCGCGGCGUUCGGUUUCAUGUCGUGCUCGCCCAGCCCUUGCAAGAACGGAGGUGUCUGCGUGUCGUCGCCGCGCGGCGAGUCACAUUGCAACUGCACGUCGAAAUACGUGGGAGAGUACUGUCAACACUUGAACCCAUGCCACACGGGAUCGCGCUGCCAGAACGGUGGCUCGUGCAGGGUGCGCGAGAGCAUCGGGGGUGGCACUCCGUCCUUCGCGUGUUCGUGUCCCGUGGGAUUCACCGCCAGCCUGUGUGAAAUCCCGAUCGAGAAUGCCUGCGACUCCUCGCCCUGCCUCAAUGGUGCCACAUGCAACCUCAAGUCGCUGCACGAGUACGUGUGCACGUGCAGUACCGGAUACACAGGCGAGCACUGCGAGCGACAGGAUUACUGCGCCUCGUCACCCUGUCGAAACGGGGCCGAGUGUCGCUCGCUCGAAGACAGCUACAAGUGCACGUGUGCACCUGGCUUCACCGGGCCGAAUUGUGCGGACGACAUCGACGAGUGCGAUAGGGAUCCGUGCAUGCACGGUACCUGCAAGAACAUCCACGGAUCUUACAAAUGCAUGUGCUCGAGCGGAUACACCGGGCAGAACUGCGAGAGCGACUACAUUCCCUGCAACCCGUCACCAUGUGAAAAUGGUGCCUCGUGUCAUCAGCUCAGCGAGCACGAAUACGAGUGCAUCUGCCCCGAUGGAUUCGAGGGCGACCACUGCGAGCAGAACAUCGACGACUGUCCAGGCAAUCUCUGCCAGAAUGGUGCGACAUGCAUGGACCGGGUGAACGAGUACUCCUGUUUAUGCCCACCGGCCUUCACGGGCACGCAAUGCGAAUUGGACGUGGACGAGUGUUCUGUACGGCCGUCCUUGUGUCAUAACGGCGCCACAUGCACCAAUUCGCACGGCAGUUACUCGUGCAUUUGCGUGAACGGCUGGACUGGGCCCGACUGCAGCGUCAACAUCGAUGAUUGUGCAGGUGCGGCCUGCUUCAACGGCGCAACCUGCAUCGAUCGUGUCGGCAGCUUCUAUUGCCAGUGCACGUACGGCAAGACCGGGCUGCUCUGCCACCUCGACGACGCCUGCACGUCGAAUCCGUGUCACGAGGGCGCGAUCUGCGACACCAGCCCCAUCAACGGGUCCUUCACCUGCUCCUGCGCCACCGGAUACAAAGGACUGGACUGCUCCGAGGACAUUGACGAGUGCGAACAAGGUUCCCCUUGCGAGCACGACGGUAUCUGCGUGAACACGCCCGGCUCCUUCGCGUGCAACUGCACGCAGGGAUUCACGGGUCCACGAUGCGAGACCAACGUGAACGAGUGCGAGUCACAUCCGUGCCAGAACGAAGGCUCCUGCCUGGACGAUCCCGGGACCUUUCGAUGCGUCUGCAUGCCUGGAUUCACCGGCACACAGUGCGAAAUCGACAUAGACGAAUGCGCGGCGAAGCCGUGCCUGAACGGCGGAAUCUGCAGCGAUCUCGUCAAUACGUUCAAGUGUACCUGUGCCGAUGGCUUCGCUGGCUCCCACUGCCAGAUCAACAUCGACGACUGCGCCUCGUCGCCGUGCAAGAACGGCGGCAUCUGCCAGGACGGAAUAGCCAGGUACACGUGCGAGUGCCCGCCCGGAUUCACCGGUGCCUCCUGCGAGACGAACAUCAACGAUUGCGCAUCGAACCCUUGCCACAGCGGCACCUGCAUUGACGGCGAGAACAGCUUCACGUGCAACUGCUUCCCGGGAUUCACCGGGAAGCUCUGCCAGACGCAGAUCGACGAGUGCGAGAGCAACCCCUGCCAGUUCGGUGGUAGGUGCGAGGACCGCAUCAACGGCUACCAGUGCAUCUGUCGGCCAGGCACAUCCGGCAUCAACUGCGAGGUCAACGUCAACGAGUGCUACAGCAAUCCCUGCCGCAAUGGGGCUAGAUGCAUCGACGGUAUCAACAGGUACUCCUGCGAGUGCGAGCCAGGCUUCACCGGCCAGCACUGCGAGACCGACAUAAACGAGUGCGCCAGCAACCCGUGCGCGAACGGCGGACGUUGCAUCGACUUGAUAAACGGCUACAGGUGCGAGUGCCCGCGCGGCUACUAUGAUGCCAGGUGCCUGAGCGACGUGGACGAGUGCGCGAGUUCUCCUUGCCUGAACGGCGGCACUUGCGAGGACGGAGUGAAUCAGUUCAUCUGCCACUGUCUGCCCGGUUACGGCGGCAAGAGAUGCGAGGCGGACAUCGACGAGUGCGGCUCGAAUCCUUGCCAGCACGGCGGAACAUGCAACGACCAUCUAAAUGGCUACAGCUGCAAGUGCCUGCCCGGCUACGCCGGCACCAACUGCGAGACCAACAUCGACGACUGCGCCAACAAUCCCUGUCAGAACGGCGGAUCCUGCAUCGACCUCGUGAACGACUACAAAUGCGUCUGCGAGCUGCCUCACACCGGCAGAAACUGCGAGGACAAGCUGGACCCCUGCUCGCCGAACAAAUGCCUCCACGGUGCGAAGUGCUCACCGUCGUCGAACUUCCUCGACUUCGCGUGCACGUGUACCGUCGGUUACACGGGCAGACUGUGCGACGAGGACGUGGACGAGUGUGUGAUGACGUCGCCGUGCAGAAACGGUGCCACUUGCCGGAACACCAACGGCUCUUACCACUGCGUGUGCGCGAAGGGCUACGAGGGCCGCGAUUGCAUCAUCAAUACCGAUGACUGUGCAUCAUUUCCCUGCCAGAAUGGCGGCACCUGUCUCGACGGUAUUGGCGAUUACACGUGCCUAUGCGUGGAUGGCUUCAGCGGCAAGCACUGCGAAAUCGACAUCGACGAAUGCUUGUCCCAGCCCUGUCAGAACGGUGCCCUCUGCAAGGAGUACGUUAACUCCUACACGUGUCAGUGCCAGCUCGGCUUCUCCGGCAUCAAUUGUCAAACCAACGACGAAGACUGCACCGACAGUAGCUGCAUGAACGGCGGCAAGUGUAUCGACGGCAUCAACAACUACACGUGCGUCUGCAAGCCUGGCUACACGGGCUCCAACUGCCAGUACCGCAUCAACGAGUGCGACAGCUCGCCGUGCUUGAACGGCGCUACCUGCCAUGAUCACGUGCAGUACUACACGUGUCACUGUCCGUACGGAUACACCGGCACACGAUGCGACAAGUACGUGGACUGGUGCGCGGACAAUCCGUGCGAGAACCAGGCGACGUGCGUGCAACAUAAGAACAAGUACCACUGCAUCUGUUCGCCCGGAUGGACCGGCAAGGUGUGCGACGUCGAGAUGGUCUCGUGCAGGGACGCUGCCAUCCGCAAGGGCGUGCAGGAGAAGAACCUCUGCAACAACGGCACAUGCGAGGACAUUGGCAACAGUCAUCGUUGUCACUGCCUUGAGGGAUACACCGGCUCCUACUGCCAGGAGGAGAUCGAUGAGUGCGACUCCGCACCCUGCCAGAACGGUGCGACCUGCAAAGACCUCGUCGGCUCGUAUCAGUGCCAAUGCACGAAGGGCUUCCAGGGCCAGAACUGCGAGCUGAACGUCGACGACUGCCAACCGAAUCCGUGUCAAAACGGCGGCACGUGCCACGAUCUGAUCAACACCUUCAGCUGCUCCUGCCCGCCCGGCACUCUCGGCUUCAUAUGCGAGAUCAACGUAGACGACUGCGUGAUCGGCGCUUGCCACAACAAUGGCACGUGCACCGAUAAGGUUGGCGGCUUCGAGUGUAUGUGCCCGCCCGGUUUCGUCGGGCCACGAUGCGAAGGCGACAUCAACGAGUGCCUGUCGAAUCCGUGUACGUCGCCCGGUACUCAGGACUGCGUGCAGCUGGUCAACAACUACCACUGCAACUGCAAGCCAGGUUUCAUGGGUCGACACUGCGAGGUCAAGGUGAACUUCUGCGACAGCUCGCCGUGCCUGAACGGUGGCAUAUGCAGCGCCAGGCAGACCGGGCACUCCUGCCUCUGUCCCAACAACUUUCACGGUAUCAACUGCGAGUUCGCCGGCUCCUACUGCGACGCCGAGCCGUGCAUGCACGGUGGCACAUGCCGCGUCACCGAGUCCGACAACAGCUACCGGUGUUACUGUCCACCCGGCACUACCGGCACGCACUGUGAGAUCGACGCUCGGGACGAAUGCGCGAGCAACCCGUGUCAGCAGGCGGAUGCGAUCUGCGAGAACCUGAUCGGCGAUUACGCGUGCUACUGCCCGGCCAAGUGGACCGGCAAGAACUGCGAGAUCUACGAUCCCAAUUACCGUGGCGGCGUGUUCGGCAGGCCCAAUGUUAACAUACCCAAGAUCGCCAAUGCGUACGACCUCGACUUGGAACGCGAGCGCAAGAAGUGCAUUGAGAAUCGCUGCAACGAGAAAGCUGGCAACCAUCACUGCGACGAGGAGUGUAAUCGGUACGCCUGCAACUUCGACGGCAACGACUGCUCGCUCGGCAUCAACCCAUGGCGCAACUGCACCGCGCCUAUCAACUGCUGGGACGUAUUCAUGAACGGCGUGUGUGACGAAGUCUGCAACAAUCCACAGUGUCUGUUCGACGGUAGGGAUUGCGAGAAGAAGCUGCCACCCUGCAACCCCAUCUACGAUGCGUACUGCAGGAAGCACUACGCCAAUGGCUAUUGCGAUUACGGCUGCAACAACGAGGAGUGUAACUGGGAUGGUCUCGACUGCGACAGAGCACCGCCGUCAUUGGCGGAGGGCGUUAUCUCCGUGGUCGUGAGGAUGGACGUGCAGACUUUCCGGUCGAACGUUGUCGCCUUCCUUCGCGAUAUCGGUCACGAAUUGAGGACGACUUUACGUGUGAAGCAGGACGAACUUGGCAAUGACAUGAUCUACCCAUGGAAGCGCGAGAGGGAUCCCGGCAUGCACACCAACAUCUUCGGCCGACCGACGACGAUUCACACCAACAAUCAGAACGGUGCGAUCGCCUAUCUGGAGAUCGAUAAUCGCAAAUGCACCAUGACACAGGGGGCAGUGUGCUUCCCAUCGGCGAACGAGGCGGCGGAAUACCUGGCCGCCACGGCGUCCAAACAUUCCCUAUCCCGAAACUUCCCCAUCGAGCAGGUGCGCGGCGUCGUGGGUCCGCAGGGUCCGGAAUACUCGGACACACCGACUAAUUACAAAUACGUCUUCAUCGGUGUAGUCAUCGUGGUGCUUGGUGGACUGCUAGUAGGCGUAUUGGUGACUGCCCAGCGGAAGCGCGCUGUGGGUGUCACGUGGUUCCCCGAAGGCUUCCUGCGGACCAGCAGCGGCAGCGGUCAACGGCGCCGCUCGCGUCGCCGCGGUCCGGACGGUCAGGAGAUGCGUAACCUGAACAAGCAGCCGUCGGUGAACUGCAUGGACAUGGACGUGGCGAACGGCCGGGUGCAGUCACAGUGGUCCGACGAUGAGUCCGAUCUACCACCGUCGAAGCGAAUGCGCGCGAUCGAGCCGGGCUACGCGAGCGAUCACACCGCGAUUACGGACUACGAGGAGACCGAGCCGCGCAUGUGGACGCAACAACACCUGGACGCCGCUGAGAUACGUCGGCCGGAUGCUGGGGUGCUGACUCCACCGAGCCUAGAACACGGCCAGGACGUGGACGCGCGCGGCCCGUGCGGCAUGACGCCACUGAUGGUAGCGGCGGUGCGUGGCGGCGGUCUCGACACUGGUGAGGAAGAGGAUGAGAGCGACGGCACCGCGGCGGUGAUCGCCGACUUGGUAGCUCAAGGCGCGGACCUGAACGCCACUACGGACAAGAGCGGCGAGACGUCGCUGCACCUGGCCGCACGUUACGCCCGUGCGGACGCGGCCAAGAGGCUGCUGGACGCGGGCGCUGAUGCGAACUCGCAGGACAACACCGGUCGCACGCCCCUGCACUCCGCAGUCGCGGCGGACGCCAUGGGCGUCUUCCAGAUUCUGCUGCGCAACAGGGCAACAAAUUUGAACGCGCGCAUGCACGACGGCACCACGCCAUUGAUACUGGCAGCGCGUCUUGCUACUGAGGGCAUGGUGGAGGACCUCAUCAACGCUGACGCUGACAUUAACGCUGCUGACAACAGUGGCAAAACCGCAUUGCACUGGGCCGCGGCAGUGAACAACGUCGACGCGGUGAACAUCCUGUUAGUGCACGGCGCGAACAGAGAUGCCCAGGACGACAAAGACGAGACUCCGCUGUUCCUCGCCGCGCGCGAAGGCAGCUUCGAAGCAUGCAAAGCGCUCUUGGACACAUUCGCCAACAGGGAGAUUACCGAUCACAUGGAUCGACUACCGCGGGACGUCGCCAGCGAGAGAUUACAUCACGACAUCGUUAGAUUACUUGACGAGCAUGUGCCGAGGUCACCGCAAAUGGUUACGGUCAUUCCGAAUGGUCCUCUCAUGGGAUCUCCAAAUCAUCCGCAGUUAAUCACGCACCCAACGGUGAUCGGUUCGGCACCGAAGCAGACGAAGUCGAAGAAACGGCCAAAGGCGGGCGCGGGAAACCCAAACAGCCCGGAAUCCGAGGGCGGCACGGUGGUGAUGGUAAGGCGAAAGCCGUCGGUGAAGAAGCCGCCGGCCAAACGGGGCGCUCAGCCCCCAAACCAAGAAAUCCCGCAGAGCGCGGAAGGCUCCGAGGGCAACCUGCCGACGAGCCCGUACGACAGCGCGAGCCUGUACAGCAACGCGUUACCUCUGGGGGUGCACACGGCGACGGCGAAACAGCCACCGCCGUACGAAGACUGCAUAAAGGGUCAGUCGAUGCAGGGCCUGCAGCAGCUCGGACUGGACACGUUCGCGACUAACUACGGGCUGCCGUUUCACGACCAGCUCCUAGCGCCGCAUCAGCGACAACAGCAGGGCAUGGUGAGCACUUUGUCACCGCCGUACAGCAAUCAGUCGCCGCCGCACUCGGUGCAGUCGAACAUGACCCUGUCGCCGCAGGCGAGUUACAUGGGCUCGCCGUCGCCGGCGAAGAGCCGGCCGUCCCUGCCCACCUCGCCGACCCACAUCGCCGCCAUGCGACAGGCGACGCAUCAGAAACAUGGCAGCAUGCCGCCAGUAGGUUUCGACUUUGACACUCUGCCAUAUUCCUCAAAUCAACAGCAGCAGCAGCAACAACAGCAGCAGCAGCAGCAGCAGAUGCAGCAAACGCAGCAGCAGAUUCAACAACAGCAGCAGCAGCAGCAGCCUCAACAGCAGCCGCAGCAAAGCCCGCAGCAGCAGCAGCAACAGCAGCAGCAGCAGCAGCAACAGACACAGCAGUACUAUCAGUACUUGACGCCGCCGUCUCACCAUUCCGGCCCUGACGUUACGCCGCAGCAUCUCAUGCAAGCGCCCGAGAGCUUCCCAACGCCAUCGCCGGAGAGUCCACCAAGCCACUGGUCUUCCCAAAGCUCGCCCCGUUCCGCGACGAACAGCGACUGGUCCGAGUCCAUAGCUUCGCCCGCGAACGUGUACAGCGUCGGCGGUGCUCAUCAAAGCAACAAGGGUUCCGAGGCGAUCUACAUAUGAGGCCAGUUCGAAGUCCCUGUGCAAACGAUGUUCUCUCCGCGCAAGUAGUAGAUCAUAAGGUGGUGGAGAGGAACGAGACGAAAAACGCGUGAACUGUGAUCAGCUCGGGAUCGAGCUUCAAGCUUCUGCGGACGUCGGGAACGACGGUGACGACGGUCAAGAGGACGGUAAAGGCUCUUCCGUGACACAGAGAAGGUAUCGGUGGCAAGAAGGUAAUUUUUUGCUCUGCUAUUGGCAGCGCUCGCGCCGCGAUUGUUAUUGUAUAUUUAAUGCGUAUCAGUGCUGGGCGUGUUAUUCGGAGAAAUAUUAUAAUUAUAUAUGCAUAUACAGAGAUGUUCGCGAUCCUCGUGAAACGUUGAUCGUUUUAUUAGGUAGUCUUCGAUCGAUAUAUAACAAAUAUCGAUUAAGUAUAAAUUUAAUCGUUGAUAAUUAAUUGAUCAUAUUUAUUCAUCUCGGAUCUCGGAGCACAUUCUUCUGCCCAACGCUGUUGCGUAUAGAUAUACGGAACGAACAGAUGUGUAU